AUGUCGUUCAAUGAUAGCAUGUAUGACGUUCCGGAAUACGAGAUGAUCACAACAGAAGACUGUUGGACGGUCAUCUCGUCUUUCUUUGAAGCAAAGGGACUUGUUUCACAGCAGUUGGACUCUUUCGAGGAGUUCAUCGAAUCAUCUAUUCAAGAACUGGUUCUUGAAGAUAAAAAGUUGAUCCUUGAUCAGCCAGCACAGCAUAUUUCCGAGGACGACGAUGUCAACAGAAGAUAUGAGAUCACGUUUGGUGAUAUUUUCCUUUCUAAGCCAUCUCAAACCGAAGCCGACGGAACUACAAGUACUCUUCUUCCUCAAGAGGCAAGAUUGAGAAACCUCACUUAUUCUGCCCCACUGUAUGUGGAAAUGAAGAAGAUGGUGAAGGAAAGUAUAGACGAUGACGAGGUGGUUACCACGCAGGUUGUUUGGUACAGAGAGGGAGAGAUCACCAGAUAUAGAAACGGAGAAAUUGAGCAGGACGAAAUGGUCAUUAUGCCUGCCAACUUCGACGACGAAAGCGACGAAAUUAUAGAAGAAAGACAUGGCAUCAAGGUCCAUCAAUCCGGAGCAGAGUCCCAGACCAUUUUCAUCGGAAAAGUCCCAAUCAUGUUGAAGUCCAAGUUCUGUUCUUUGUACGGUCUGUCCGAAGACGAAUUAUACGAAAUUAGAGAAUGCCCAUUUGAUAUGGGAGGAUAUUUCAUCAUCAACGGUUCCGAGAAGGUUUUGAUUGCUCAAGAAAGAUCUGCCGCCAACAUUGUGCAAGUUUUCAAGAAGUCUGCCCCAUCCCCUGUGUCCCAUAUUGCUGAGCUUAGAUCUGCGUUGGAGAAAGGCUCUAGAUUAAUUUCUUCUAUCCAGGUCAAGUUGGCCAGAGGUGGCGCUUCGAACUUCAAGAGCGGUGGCGUCGGUAGAUCAAUCAAGACCACUCUGCCUUACAUCAAGGCCGAUAUUCCAAUUGUUAUUGUCUUCAGAGCCUUGGGUGUGAUUGAGGAUGGUGACAUUUUGCAACACAUCUGUUACGAUGAGAACGACUGGCAAAUGCUUGAAAUGCUGAAGCCAUGUAUUGAAGAAGGAUUUUUGAUUCAAUCUCAGGAAGUUGCCUUGGAUUACAUUGGAAGAAGAGGUAACUCUAUCGGUAUCAAGAGAGAAAGACGUAUUCAAUACGCUAAGGACAUUCUUCAACGUGAAUUCUUGCCACACAUUUCCCAGGACUCCGGUUACGAAACCAACAAGGCUUACUUCCUUGGUUACAUUGUCAACAGAUUGCUUCUUUGUGCUUUGGAAAGAAAAGAGCCAGAUGACAGAGAUCACUUUGGUAAGAAGAGAUUGGACCUGGCUGGUCCUCUUCUUGCUAACUUGUUCAGAAUUCUGUUUAGAAAGCUCUCUAGAGACAUUUACAGAUACAUGCAAAGAUGUAUCGAGAGAGGAGACGACUUCAACAUUGUUAAUGCCGUCAAAUCUAACACCAUCACUUCUGGUCUGAAAUACUCUCUUGCCACAGGAAACUGGGGAGAACAGAAGAAGGCCAUGAGCAGCAGAGCCGGUGUCUCUCAGGUCUUGAACAGAUAUACCUACUCUUCCACCUUAUCGCAUUUGAGAAGAACUAACACGCCAAUUGGAAGAGACGGUAAACUGGCUAAACCUCGUCAAUUACACAACACGCAUUGGGGUCUUGUUUGUCCUGCUGAAACUCCAGAAGGACAAGCUUGUGGUUUGGUGAAGAACCUUUCCCUGAUGGCAUGUGCUUCCGUUGGAUCUGCUUCCGAGCCUCUUACAUAUUUGCUGGAGGAAUGGGGAUUGGAGCCUUUAGCAGAUUACGAGCCUCAGGAGCAUAAGAAUGCAACCAGAGUGUUUUUGAACGGAAACUGGGUUGGAACGCAUAGAGACCCAGCCAUGUUGGUGGACACCAUGAGACAGCUGAGAAGAAGCGGAACCAUCUCUCCAGAGGUCUCUUUGAUUAGAGAUAUCAGAGAAAGAGAGUUCAAGAUCUUCACUGAUGCUGGAAGAAUCUACAGACCAUUGUUUGUUGUUGAAGACGAUCCAGACAGCGAGCACAAGGGCGAGCUGAAAUUGACCAAAGAACACUGUCGUAAAAUUCUUGACAGAGAGGUCGAAGAAGUUGCCCAGGAUGAAGAGUUCGACGAAGAUGGAGAGCCUCUUGGCCCUGUCGAGAGAGUGUUUGGCUGGGAGUCUCUGUUGAGCAACGGUAUCAUUGAGUAUUUGGAUGCUGAAGAAGAGGAGACUGUUUUGAUUGCCAUGUCUCCUGAGGACUUGAUUCCUACAUCCGACUCUGACAUACAAAAGGCCGAGCACGAACUUGACCCAGCCAAGAGAAUCAAGAACGUGGUGAAGGCACACUCGUUCACGCACUGUGAGAUCCACCCUUCGAUGAUUCUUGGUGUUGCUGCCUCUAUUAUUCCGUUCCCUGAUCACAACCAGUCUCCUAGAAAUACCUAUCAGUCUGCUAUGGGUAAGCAAGCUAUGGGAGUGUUUUUGACCAACUACAGCGUGAGAAUGGACACCAUGGCCAACAUUUUGUACUAUCCUCAAAAGCCGUUGGCAAAGACUCAAUCUAUGGAGUACCUGAAGUUCAGAGAACUCCCUGCUGGUCAGAACGCUAUUGUGGCCAUUGCAUGUUACUCUGGAUACAACCAAGAAGAUUCGAUGAUUAUGAACCAGUCUUCGAUUGACCGUGGUUUAUUCAGAUCCUUGUUCUUCAGAUCUUACAUGGAUCAGGAGAGAAGAAACGGUAUUUCUGUUGUUGAAGAGUUUGAGAAACCAAUGCGUGCAAGCACGCUCGGAUUCAAGCAAGGAACCUACGAGAAGUUGGACGAUGACGGAUUGAUCGCUCCUGGUGUUCGUGUUUCGGGAGACGAUAUUAUUAUUGGUAAGACUGUUCCUAUUCCACCAGAUACUGAAGAGCUUGGACAGAGAACCAAGUACCAUACCAAGAGAGACGCAUCCACUCCGCUGCGUACUACCGAGAACGGUAUUGUUGACCAGGUGCUGUUGACCACCAACGCUGAGGGUCUCAAGUUCGUCAAGGUGAGAAUGAGAACAACUAAGAUUCCUCAGAUCGGAGACAAGUUUGCGUCGAGACACGGACAGAAGGGUACCAUUGGUAUCACUUACCGUCACGAGGACAUGCCUUUCACCGCCCAGGGUAUUGUUCCGGACCUGAUCAUCAACCCGCACGCCAUUCCAUCGCGUAUGACAGUCGCGCACUUGAUUGAGUGUUUGCUGUCGAAGGUCGCCUCGAUGAGAGGUUACGAGGGAGAUGCCACUCCGUUCACUGAUUUAACUGUGGAUGCCGUCUCUAAACUGCUGAGAGAAAACGGCUACCAGAGCAGAGGCUUCGAGGUGAUGUACAAUGGACACACCGGUAAGAAGCUGAUGGCACAGGUGUUCUUUGGUCCUACUUACUACCAGAGACUGAGACACAUGGUGGACGACAAGAUCCAUGCCAGAGCCAGAGGUCCGUACCAGAACCUGACCCGUCAACCUAUGGAAGGUAGAGCCAGAGACGGAGGAUUGAGAUUUGGAGAAAUGGAGCGUGAUUGUAUGAUUGCACACGGUGCUGCUGGGUUCCUGAAGGAGCGGUUGAUGGACUCUUCGGACGCCUUCCGGGUGCACGUCUGUGGUAUCUGUGGACUGAUGAGUGUGAUUGCCAACUUGAAGAAGAACCAAUUUGAGUGCAAGUCUUGUAAGAACAAGACCAACAUCUACCAGAUCCACAUUCCGUAUGCGGCCAAGCUUCUGUUCCAGGAGCUGAUGAGUAUGAACAUUUCGCCACGGUUGUACACGCAGAAGAGUGGCAUAACUACGAGAUGA